AGUGUAGCCCCAGCAGCGCCACCUGUCAGUGCCCAUCAGUGCCUUGUGUCAGUGCUCAUCAGUGCCUCGUGCCAGUGCCCAUCAGUGCCACCCAUCAGUGCCAGUCAAUGCCACCUAUCAGUGCUAGUCAGUGCCGCCUAUCAGUGCCAGUCAGUGCCGCCUAUCAGUGCUGCCUUUCAGUGCCCAUCAGUGAUGCCUGUCAGUGUCCAUCAGUGCAACCUAUCAGUGCCCAUCACUGCAGCCUCAUUAGCGCAUAUCAGUGAAGGAGAAAAUUCACUUGUUUACAAAAUUUUAUAA